AUGUACUUUCCCAAAGUCGGCGAUCGGCUUGAUAGCCUCGAUACGCCAUCUAUGAUCGCGGACCUUGAUCUCAUGGAAGCCAACAUUAAAAAGCUGAUGGACAAGCUCUUGCCAACGGGACUUUCCAUCCGGCCCCAUCUUAAAACGACAAAGAGCGCCAUUCUGGCUAAUAAACUGGUCAAGGCUGGUGCCAAGGGUGGCUGUGUGGCCAAAGUAAGCGAAGCAGAAGCUAUCACCGCUGCUGGUUUUGACGAUCUGCUCAUUACGUGUGAGAUUGUCGGUCCAGCAAAGGUCAGAAGGCUAGUGGAGCUUUAUCGUAAGAACCGCAACAUCAGAAUUGUGGUAGACAGUGAACUCGGCGCAUCGGCGAUUGAUGAGGCACUAGCGAGCUCUGGUAUUGACGAGAGUAUCUCCGUUCUGAUUGAUCUUGACGUUGGUCUUCACCGUACCGGUGUCAAGCCUGGAGAGCCGGCAAUAGCUCUAGCACACCACAUCGCCAGACUUAAGCAUCUCAACCUUAUUGGUGUCCAAGGCUAUGAGGGCCAUUUGCAGCAUUUGCAUGACCGAGAAGACCGCAAGAAUCAAUGUCUCGAGUCCAUGGCUAUUUUGACCGGGACUGCAGAUGAAUUGCGUAAGGAGGGCUUCAGCAUUGACGUUGUGACAACGGGUGGAACCGGUACUGCCGAGUUCUGUGCUACUGUUCCCGGUGUCACGGAGCUUCAGCCCGGGUCUUUCAUCUUUAUGGAUACAGACUACCGGAACGCUGUUGGAACAUUCUAUUCCAACAGUCUUACCAUCUUGUCAACGGUCUUGAGUCAGCAGGGUCCGAGGGCUGUGACUAUUGAUAGCGGACUUAAGACCUUGACGACUGAUAGUGGUCUUGCUGAAUGCAAAGACUCGCGGUAUACCUAUGGUGUUCUUGGAGAUGAGCAUGGCUCUCUUAGCUGGGAAGAAGGAACCCCGGAUCUUUCGGUCGGCGACCGUGUGGAAAUGAUUCCCAGUCAUAUUGAUCCUACUGUUAAUCUGCAUGACUAUUAUUAUGCCUAUCGGAAUGGUGUUAUUGAGGAGAUCUGGCCUGUUGAUUCGAGGGGAAAGGUUCAAUAG